AUGUCUGAAGAUUUUGCGCGACACAAUGAAAUAAAUAUCAGUCAUCAAAUGGCUUAUUCUGAAAUAAAUGAAAUUUUAAUAGGAGAGGGGAAAAGUUUGGCCGACUUUCCAACAAUGGAUCAAAAUGUUAUCAAUAUUAUAAGAGACAAUAAUAAUACUGAUGAAGUAAAUCAUUUGCGGGAAGCUGGCAUUCAACAAUAUCAGAAAUUAAAUGCUGAACAGAAAACGAUUGUAGAUAUCAUUCUUCAGGUGUCGCGUUCAAGUCACUAUGCUGGGUCCACUUGCUUCUACAUAGACGGACAAGGAGGAUCCGGAAAAACUUUCGUUUACACUACCAUUUACAAUAUUUUAAUGUCAGAAAAUAUCUUAUGUUCCACAAUGGCAUACACAGGUAUUGCCGCCACAUUAUUACCUAAUGGAAAAACUGUACACAAAACAUUCGGCUUACCAGUUCCUAUAUUUAAUGAUUCUUCAUCAAAUAUUAAAAUACAAUCUAAAGAUGGUAUACUUUUAAGAAAUACUCAAGUAUUUAUUUGGGACGAAGCGCCAAUGGCUCCAAGAUAUGCUUUAGAAAUCAUUGAUAGAACAUUAAAAUAUAUCAUGAACAAUGAUUUAUCUUUUGGUGGAAAAAUAAUGGUUUUAGGUGGUGACUUUAGGCAACUGCUUCCGAUUAAAGUGAACGGUACGCGUAAUGAAAUAUUAAAUUUAUCUAUUAAAAACAGUCAUUUAUGGUCAUACUUUUCGAACUUCCAAUUGCAAACUAAUAUGAGAGUCUUACCGCACCAAAUUGAAUUUGCAAAUUACUUAUUGCAUGUUUGGAAUGGAACAUUGAACGAUCAAGAUAAUAAUCUACAGCUACCAGAACAUUGCAUACUGCCUACAAAUGAAUGUAUUGUUCAAAACAUUUUUGGCAAAAAUGUUGAUGUAGAUGAAAUGAACAAUAAAAUUACUGAUUUAUUUGAUAAAAAUACAGAACUCUUAUACACUGGUAUUGAUAGUACAGAUAAAUGUGAUAAUGGCGAAAUGGAAGAUGUUCUUUUACCGGAAUAUCUUAAUUCAUUAAAUCCACCAAAUUUCCCUCCUUACAAAUUACGUUUGAGAAAAUUUUGCAUUGUUAUGUUGAUUAGAAAUAUAAGUCUUAGUGAAGGGUUAUGUAAUGGAACAAGGUUACAAAUAUUUGAGUUUUCUAAUCAUUUGUUAAAAUGUAAAAUCUUAACGGGCGACAUACGGAACAAUAUUAUAUUCCUCAAUCGAAUCACAUUAUACUGUGAAAAUCAAUAUCCGUUCACUUUCAAAAGACGUCAGUUUCCAAUUCGAAUGGCUUUUGCUAUAACCAUCAAUAAAUCUCAAGGACAAACAUUGGACAAAAUAGGUAUUGAUCUUCGACGAGAUGUUUUUAAUCAUGGACAACUUUACGUAGCUAUGUCUAGAGUAAGAUCUUGGGAUUCAUUGAAAAUUUAUCUAGGAAACCAAAGGGAGAAUCUGAGUGUAAAGAACUAUGUAUACACAGAAUUAUACAAAUGA